AGCUUGGCGUGGCCGACUGUCCCGCCCAGAAACUCGUUCUGUCCGGUUCCGGACUGCGAGCAUUGAACACGGCGCGGAGGAGAGAUGGAAAUUCGAACGGCUUGCGCGGCGUGCCUGGACGGGAGCAGUACCAGGGUGGGUGACCGUCCGGGAAGUCCUCGUGUUGCACCCCUCCCCUUUCGUCUCUUCUUCCUCCUCCCGUCCACUCUGCUCGCGAUUUCCUUUCCUCGCAGCAGCAGGAAGUGCGAAAAGGACCGGUACCGUUUUCGUUUGCCCGCUCCGGGCUCCGAGCCGCAUAUCUACACUUUCCGCGCGUCCAUUGACGGGUGCGAUCAUACCAGCACUAAUGCACCGGAUCCCAUCAGAACUCCGCAGUUAAGCGUGCUUGGGCGAGAGUAGUGCUAGGAUGGGUGACCUCCUGGGAAGUCCUCGUGUUGCACCCCUCUCCCUUUUUUGUUUCUUGUUCUUAACCCCCAUCCCCUCUGCUCGCGAUCUCUUUUCCUCC